GGGGAUUGGAACACCUGAAUCACAUGAUAUGGAGGGGAUUGGAACACCUGAAUCACAUGAUAGGGAGGGGAUUGGAACACCUGAAUCACAUGAUUGGAGGGGAUUGGAACACCUGAAUCACAUGAUAUGGAGAGGAUUGGAACACCUGAAUCACAUGAUAUGGAGGGGAUUGGAACACCUGAAUCACAUGAUAUGGAGGGGAUUGGAACACCUGAAUCACAUGAUAUGGAGGGGAUUGGAACACCUGAAUCACAUGAUAUGGAAGGGAUUGGAACACCUGAAUUACAUGAUAUGGAGGGGAUUGAAGCACCUGAAUCACAUGAUAUGGAGGGGAUUGGAACACCUAAGUCACAUGAUUGGGAGGGGAUUGGAACACCUGAAUCACAUGAUAUGGAGG